AUGGAUGUUAUAAAGGGAAGCUUAGAUGGAAUUUCAAAACCAGCCUCAAGUUCAAGAACACGUCCUGGGAGCAGAGGUUCAAAUUCUUCUUUGGAGGUACUCUCACCAGAACCAGCGUUUUUCAAGGUUGAUACAGCAAUCAAGUUGCACUCUGGUAAAGAGGGCCACUCAGAAAGCAGUAACACAGAGGAAAGUAGAAACGAUAAUGAUGAUAAAGGGGGAAACUACUCUGAGAAAAUAAAAUUGGCUGAAGAGGGGUCAGAUGAAGAUCUGUUGGUUCAACAUCAGAUAAUCUCUGAAUAUUCAGAUGAACCCGAAUUGAAAGAAUUAGAUUCUCAACUUCAAGAUGCUAUUCAGAAGAUGAAGCGGCUUGAUAAGAUAUUGGUGAAGAGACAAUACAGAGAAAGAGAAAUUAAGAGGCAAGGUGUAGAAAUGAGAAUAAAACUGUGGGAAAAACUUAAGUCUGCAAAAACUAGUGAAGCUUUGCAAAGUAAUGAGGAGACGGAAAAUACAAAAACGUUUCUGGCUUUGACUACUGCAUCAGAAGAAACUGUUGAUCCUUCUUGCUAUGAGCAUGAAGACUCAGUGUUUUUCUCAGUGUUUCACACCCAAGUCCCUCCAGAAGAAUAUGAAAAUCGUAUACAGAUUAUCAAUCAAGAUUUUACCUAUGAUGUGGAAAGAAAUGAGUCGUUGAUCAAAGCAGAAAAGAAACCUUUCUCAAAUACAGAAAAGAUUGAGCUCAGGGGUAAACACAGCCAGGAUUUUAUUAAACGAAACAUUGAGUUGGCCAAGAAUUCAGGAAAACCGGGGGUUAUGACCGACAGAGAGAAGAAAAGGCUGAUUGAGCUUUUGAAGGACUUAGAUGACAGAGAUUCGGGACUGUCCAGUUCGGAGGGCGAUCCGUCUGGCUGGCUGCUCCCGGGAGAAGGCUACACACUUGCAGUCACUCAGCAUCAGCAGCUUGCUGAAAUCGAUGCCAAACUCCAAGAACUCUCAGCAGCCUCCCCAACAAUUUUCAGUUUUUCUCCAAGACUUGGAAAUCAGAAUGAUCAGGAACCUGACCUUAACAGUGACGACAGAAACACGGAAAUAACUCCGGGAGAAAAGGUACUUCGGGAAACCAAAGAGCAACGGGAUCAGCAAAAUCGGCUGAGAGAGAUAGAUGAAAAGCUGAGAGAGAUGAAGGAAAGUGUGUUAGAUUCAACAUCACUUCUCUCUGAGGAACAGUUAAGGUGUCUUCUGGAAGAAUGCACAUUCAAACAAAAAUCCAUGACUAGACUUUCUUCAGAAAAAAAAAAGAAAGACAUUGAGGAUAUAACACCUGAGUUCCCCCAGCUUUCCAGAUCUAUUCUCUCUGAGUUACUAAAUGGGUCAGAAACAACGGUCAAAAGCACUGAGAUGGAAGAUACAAAUAUGCCUGAGAAUACAGAAUGUGAACCGUCUGGAGGCUACUAUCUCACCAAAGCCUUGACUGGGCAUUACAUGUCACAAGCUCUUGUCACAGAAGCAGAGAAUAUGAAAUGCCUCCAAUUUUCCAAGGACAAGGUUAUUAGUGACACAGAAGACUAUUUUAUGUUGAAGACUGUUGGCAUUGGGAGACUGAAAAAGCCCUCUUUCUUGGAUGAGCCAUUGUGUGGUAGCAAUGUAAGCCUUUCAUCUGAAGACCAACAUCUGAAACUCAGCCCUCCAGAGAAACCAAAAACAGAUGAACAGAAGACUGAGGAUGUGACAGAGGAAUGUAGAGAAUCUUAA